GGUUAUGGGAUGGGAAGCUGGGUUAUGGGAUAGGGGGCACUGGGUCACGGAAACUGACUGGGUCCCAUGGGGUUAAAAAGUUGGUGCUGUGCUUCGGACAGAUGAAUUGAUGAGAUUUCUGAAGUGGUGAGCUGGUGCGUGUAUGUUGUGUGAGCUGUGCUUGUUGAUGUGUCUGUGCAGGGGGUGUUGCUGUGUCUGUGCAGAGGGGGGGCGUCGAUGUGUCCGUGGAGAGGCGGUGUUGUGGGCUCGCGGUGGGAGUUGACGUCGAUGUCGAUGUUGAGGUUGAGACAAGCAUCGGGACCGAGAAGUGCCACUGUCGAUGCCGAUGUGAGAGAACGCUGACCCCAUUCCUCGCCGUCCAACUCCCCCGGUGUGACUGCCCGGCUUUAGGGUCGUCUGUCGCUGCUCGAGUCUGUUUUUGACGCGUCGAAUACACUGUAGUUUGAAGUUCGGAGUUCGAAGUUCGAUGCCGCGCACAAGUGCGAGAGCGAGGGCUUGUCGGGUCGUGCAUAGCACGCCGGCAUAUGGGUCACUGGAUACUACAGACCAGGAUGCGCUGCAUGUGUGCAGGCCUUGCGUGUUGCGGAACAGCGGAACAGGACGCCUCCGUAGUCGUGUGUCUGGCAGUGUUCUGCGGGGCUUCUGGGGCAGCCGACGCCGGUCGGGUGGCGUUGCGAAUAGCGAACACUGGAUCCGCGGGCUUGGGGGGUCUGUCGUAGGACUCGUCCGCCUUGGGGUGUUCGUCUGCAGUGUUUUGCUGGGUGCCUCUCGGUUUCGUGCGCGGUUGUGGGGGAUCCGGCGGCACUGUGGCGGGUGCGGGUGCGGGUGUGGGUGCGCGCGGCGGAUCAGCGAGAUCGUAUGCUGCGACACUUGUCUUUCUCAGAGUGUUCCUUGGGAAGCUCGAGCUGAGUGCCUCCGAGCUUGGCGGGCUGGUCUGGGGCGUCCGUCGCUGGUGGGAUGGUGGUUGGGGGAUCGUAUGCCAGAGCACUUGUCCGGGUUGGAGCGUCCGUUGGAGAUAUUUGAUGAGCGCCUUUAGGCUGGAUGUGGUAAUCUGUUACUACUCUCUGUUUUAUAGCAUCCGGCGUCGUUCUUGGGGCUGGGGGUUGUUCCAUCAGGC